CAGUCCACACAGCCACUUCUCGAGAUCCAUCUCCCCCUACACUCACACGUCCACCAGCUAUAACUAGGAGCCAUGGCGGCUAAGCUUGCCAUUCUGAUCUCAUGCGCCAUGCUCCUAGACGCGGCGUGCCAUGGCCUCGAGGUGGGCUACUACAGAAGCACGUGCCCCAGAGCCGAGGCGCUCGUGCGCGCCGAGGUGAAGAAGGCCGUGCGCGCCGACGCCGGCUCCGGCGCCGGCAUCAUCCGCAUGCUCUUCCACGACUGCUUCGUCGAGGGCUGCGAUGCCUCCGUGCUGCUGGACCCCACGCCGGCCAACCCGCAGCCCGAGAAGCUGGGGGCGCCCAACAACCCCAGCCUCCGGGGCUUCGAGGUGAUCGACGCCGCCAAGGGCGCCCUCGAGCGCGCCUGCCCGGGCGUCGUCUCCUGCGCCGACAUCGUCGCCUUCGCCGCCCGCGACGCGUCCUACCUCCUCAGCCACGCCAGGGUGAGCUUCCACGUCCCCGCCGGCCGCCUCGACGGCCGCAGGUCCCUCGCCAACGACACGCUCCUCUUCCUGCCUGGCCCGACCUCCAACCUCAGCACCCUCGUCUCCGGCUUCGCCGCCAAGGGCCUCUCCGCCGAGGACAUGGUGGUGCUCUCCGGGGCGCACUCCAUCGGCCGGUCCCACUGCUCCUCCUUCGUCCCCGACCGCCUGGCCACCCAGUCCGACAUCGGCGCGCCGCUCGCUAGCCUCCUGCGCCGCCGGUGCCCGGCCAGCCCGACCACCGCCAACGACCCCACGGUGGUGCAGGACUUCGUGACGCCCAGGAAGCUCGACAACCAGUUCUACAAGAACGUGCUCGCGCGCAGGGUGCUCUUCACGUCCGACGCCGCGCUGCUCUCUUCGCAGGACACGGGGAGGAUGGUGCGCGCCAACGCCAGGUUCCCGGCGUCGUGGGAGAAGAAGUUCGCCAAAGCGAUGGUGAAGAUGGCCAACAUCGAAAUCAAGGGCAGCGGCGUCGGCGAGGUCAGGAAGAACUGCCGCUUCGUCAACUAGCUGGCAAUGCACAUACGCAAAAACUAGUACUAUUUGAUCCCGUUUUCAAUUGGUUGUAAAGAACAUCUGUGGUGUUUUCUUUGCUCGUGUUGCUUUUUUGAAGGGAAGAUGCUGCUUUAUUUGUUGAUUAUUUUUCUCCUGCCUGCUGUAUAUCUGUUGUCUGGCAUGCACUGCCUUUCCCAGAAAAUGUCGCAGUAUAUCUUUGUUGUUUGAUUUGUAUGUGGUAUUUGCCACAACAUUGCAGUGCUAGAUGUUUCACAUAUCCAAUUGGGGCGUGCCAUUGUUCAAAUCCAAA